AUGAUGUUCAAGUCCACCACCGCUGCCAUGCUUCUCUUCGGAGUCGCAAGCGCCACUCCCAUCCAAGGCCGCGCUGAAGCCAGCACCACCAAGUCCGCCUCUACCUCCUCUCCCACCAGCGCCUACGACUGGUCUGAGGGCUGGACAAAGGACUACCCCAUCCACCAGUCCUGCAACGCUACCCUCCGUCACCAGCUCUCCAACGCGCUUGACGAGACCGUUCAGCUGGCGCAGCAUGCUAAGGAUCAUAUUCUGCGCUACGGGCACAAGUCUGAGUUUGUCCAGAAGUACUUUGGCAAUGGAUCUACUGCUCAGCCUAUUGGAUGGUACGACCGUGUUGUCAACGCUGAUAAGACGGGAAUGCUCUUCCGAUGUGAUGACCCUGACAAGAACUGCGCCACUCAGGAUGCCUGGGCUGGUCACUGGCGAGGCGACAACGCCACCUCGGAGACCGUCAUCUGCCCUCUCUCCUUCGAAAUCCGCCGCAACCUCGACUCUGUCUGCAACCUAGGCUACACCGUCGCCAACUCCAAGCUCAACACCUUCUGGGCCACCGACCUUCUUCACCGCGUUCUCCACAUUCCUAUCAUCAGCGAGGAAACAGUCGACCACUUCGCCGAGAACUACACCGACGCCCUCGCUCUCGCCAAGAAGGAUCCUUCCAAGAGCGCCAUCGACAGUGAUGCUCUGCAGUACUUUGCCAUUGACGUCUGGGCCUAUGACAUUGCUGCUCCUGGAAAGGGAUGUACUGGUGAGGUUGAGGAGGAAGAGGAGGAGGAGAAGCCUACUGCUACCAAGGCUGAUUCUUCCAAGCCUAGCGCUACUAAGGAGGCUCCUAAGGAGUGCCAUACCCAUGAUGAUGGUGUUGUGCACUGUUCCUAA